GAAUCAGUUUGUUAUGGAUUUCUGUGGAGAACUACAAAGAUUUCCAGGAAAGAGCAGAGAGUUAUGAUAGAGAAAACAGAAGAUACUACCACUUCAUGACAUUGAGAGCUGAUGAGGUAAGGAGCUGAUAUCUUAACCUUUUCCCAAGUAGAGACAAUAACAGCACUGCUGUGAUGUGUGCUGGUAAAUUCUUUGGUCAUUUUAAGGCUUUUCAAACCCAGAAUUGAUCAGUAGAUCACUAUACCAAACAGCAAUGACAUCUAAAUAAAAAUGAGCAGGAUUUUCAAGAAGGGCUUGUGGUCUGUUAAGCUAGUAGGCUACUUCACUGAGUGAAAUGACAAUGAUUGGUUUCACUGAAAUAACCUGAUUAUUACUUCUAAGUGCACAAAAUACAUUCUCUGAGACCCAAGUUUUAGCAUUUUUAUGGAGGGAGGGGUGGGAGGAGGGUUGGUGUGCCCCUAGACCCCUUCAAGUGGUUGUGCACUUGUCAGGGGGUAUCUCUUCUCUCCUUAGUCCCUCCUCCUUGUGGCCUUCUGUGAUUUGUAUCUAAAACCCUGCUUAAUUGUUACUCAAUUGUCAACUAUGUGGAUGAAGAACAUAUUUAAAUGGGUUGUACUCCAGUCAGGUUAAUGGUAUGAUCUCCAGCCUGUUAUCAUGUUCAAAUUCUUUAUCAACUGAGCUUCAAGGAACUCCAUAGCCAGCCAAGUUGUUUACUAGAUUCAUAUGUGACUUACAUCUAGCAUUGAGCCUGAGUAAGCAUUGUUGAAAUCAUCUGUCGUAGGAAAUUAAAUUUUGAUAUACAUUUAUUCCUUGAAUCAGAGCCCAAGCUCUGAUAAACACCCUCUCCCAAAUAAGAGUCCAUCCCUCAGGCCUUAAGUGCCCAUCUCAAAAGAAGCAGCUCCCCCCUCCUUCCUCACCUUCCUAAAUAAUAGGGACACAAGGAAAACCUGUUUCUAUUGCCUCAACCAAAGGGCAAUCAGUACAGGAGAGUAAUAAGCACUCCCCUUAAUUCCGUGCCCUCCUUCCAAUAAGCACCCAUCUUUUUAGCUGAAAUAUUAAAUAUUAAAUGUAAUAUAGUACAUGUAGGUAGACAAAUCAUUAUAGUAUACGGUUUUGUUACUUAAUGAGUUAUAGCUUUGUUAGACAAGGCUAUCCAGCAGGGUUCAGUUGUAAAAUGCUAUCCAAUUUACUGUGCCAUCCACGGGAUAAAGACUUCUUCAGUGGAUAGUGUUAUGCACUCUCCCAACAACCAUGGCCUGUUCUUUAGCUUGUCCCUGGUGAGAUUGCUCAUUUGCAUGUAUGUUUUCUGUGGUAGGAUACAUAGUUUUAUUAGUAAAUAUCCACUUGGAAGUGAAGGGGAAUUCCCUUUGACUCAAAAAUGUGUCACAACUUUUCUCAAAUUUGAGUUAGUUUUGGUAAACAUCGUCUAACACAAUGAUUGAUGAAAUUCAAUAUUAUUUCACCUACCAGACUGCAAGUUGAUGUCUAUGAUAUGAAUUUGCAACUGAACUUUGAGGCACUUUUUUUGUUUCACAAAGCUGUUAUUGCAAUCAAUUUUUUCACCAAAAGACAUUAUUCUCUAAUUUUGUUUUAAGUUGGAAGAUGAGGUUGAGAAACUUCUAGGUGAUCACAGAGGGUUGGUACACAGUGACCAGGCAUUGAGGCUGUCCAGAUUGAUGGUGCAGGCAGAGUCUAUGGAACAGAGGAUAAUGCUUCUGAAAAUCCUUCAGGUAUUUGAUAACCAGUUCCAUGUGUGUCUUGGACAAUCCCUCUCAAAGAAGGCUGGCAGAAUUAAAUCUUGCUGAAAACAAGUGCUUUUAUUCAAAUAAAAAACUUGAUAUAGAGUAGCAUGUGUCAAUUUUUAUUCUUUGUGUGAUGAGUAGCACAAUCACCAUGCCCAUAGGGGGUUGACUGCAAACUUUCAAUGAUUUCUUCUAUUUUACAUUUUCAUUGAAGCCAAAUCUUUGCUUACAGGUAAAGUUGUUCUUAUUGAUUAUAGUAAAAGCAAAAAAUCAGAAAACCACAUUGCUGUCUUUGAGAAAAUACCCGUGAAAGAUGAAAAAUCGAGCCAAUUUUGGUUGUAACGCGUAACACAAUCUCAGUGGUAAAAUUUUUUAAAUACAUUUUUCACUGAAAGAAAGCUCGUUUGAGCAAACAAAUUACACCUAAUGAUAACACACAAUAAACACUACAUUUGAGCAAAACUUUGACAUUUCAAGUUUAUUAAAACGCAUAGAAAAGAUUUAUCAUUCUUAAGUAUCCUUUGUGUAACGCUGGGUUUCAGAAUUUGGAAGUACACCAAGUUGUUGUCCGCAGAAUGACUGAACUGGAAUCCUGUGGGAACAAAAACACAUUAACCAAAUGCUCAUACUUAGUGUUCUAAAAUAGCGAAAAAUCAGUCUAAAGGAUUGACUAUAAACGGAGAAAUAUCAGUGUAAAACAGUCGCUACGGUUUUGUAGAACCUGAUUACGCAAUAAUAUUUUUGAUCAACUUACCUGCUCCUUCGCUACUAUACUUCAAACACGGCAAAGUCGGGUUUCGAAAUCGAUUACACUUCAAUGCUCAUAAGUUUCUCUUGUUAUUUCUAAGUUUUCGAGUCCAUAUCUUUAGAAACGGCCAAAAUAUUCACUUUUGACCGAGUCGCUACGCUUUUUACCAUGUUGACGCCAUAUUGAGAACGGAGUCUCGCCACAAAUGCCACCAAAAGCGGGAGUCUUCAAGCUCAACAAUUUUUCUGAGAUUUAGCCAUCCGUAAAUAUCGCUUCAAGUGCGCUUGACAAGAGGUAUGGUUAACAAAAAGGAAGAAAAGCUUGCGAGGAUCAAAGAGUGGAGGAGGAAAAAGCAGGAAAAGAAUAGGCUAAGGAAUCUAAAAUAUAAUGAAAAGAAUCGCAAAAAGAGAGCUGAAUUUCCAAUAGAAAAAUGGUGAUGUGAUCUUCAAGUUGUAAAAAGAGGCAGAAAGUCAGUUUUUAGAGUGCCAGUUGAUCUCACUAGGGAGAUACUAGCCUCCAUGUAAUACAAAAUGUUAUUAUUUCUACUUUUUACUGUGUCAGUGAACUCGAAAUUGAUUAUUUGUGAAAAAGACCACACCCACAAGGGAUUAUGGGUAAAUACAAAUUUGAAUCAAAUGUGACAAAAAUAAAAUAGUUUGAAAUAAAUCAGUUGUAAUAGUAAAUGUGAAUUUAAAACAGACCUAAAGAAGUGAUUUUGUCCCAAACUAACAAUUUUCACAUUUUCCAUACAUGUUACGGAAGUGGGUAUGGUGAUUGUGCUACUCAUCUGUAUGGACUCACUCAAAAUAUUCAUGUAUGGAUUAAAUAAAAGUUUGUAUAAACAGGCCAAGUUAGGAAAUCUCCCAAUUCAAACUCUGCUGCUAGAACAGAAGAUCCCAACAAUGACCAUGGGGUGGAAGGAGGGGGAAGAAUGAGGAUGGUUGUUGGUUUGAAAGGGGAGUCCUUCUCCUUCAUAUACUGCUGUUUUGAGAAAAGUUGUUGGAAAAAGCAUUUAAGAGUACAAGACAAGCACAAAAAGUAUUGUGGGUAGUUUCCAGGUCACUGUCGCUAGACCUCAGGACUUUACAGUAGCAAAUCUGAGAAAGCAUCCCUGUAAGGAAGAGGCAUGGUGGGUUUGAUGAAUUUAUUUUUUUUUUUUACUUAUUAAAAUUCAUUGAUCACCGAACCCCAGAUGACCAACAAGUUUGUUUGUGUAAUUUUUUCCUUUUUCCAACAACCCUUCUUGAAAACAGCUAUAUACAGAUGAAGAGUUACAGUCAUAACAUUCUGUAGCAUAUAAAUGUGGUUUUUUAAUUGCUUAAAAUGUGCUCUUUGUCUACAAGUUUGUUUGAUUGUUUUUUGUGAUGUUUUUAUAGCACACCACAGACCAGUCAUGUUUAAAAGGGUUCCUCAGGUAUCAGGGGCUUUCUCUACUUUGGAGCUGGAUGGUGGACGGUGGAGGAAAGAAAAUGAAACUUCAGUUAGAGGUGAUGGUCAAUGUGUACUUUCUCCUAGCAGAGUUAUAUAGUAGCUCAGGAGAAUUACAGGAAUGAUCAUUCCGGAAAAUGUUCAACAAGAAAGUAAAUUUGCUACACCAGUGUAGCAAGAGUUGUAUGCACGUCAAGGAUUUGUUAGUGUUUUUUUGUUUAGAGCCAUCAGUUUAUCAGUUUACACUGUUCUAUGCACCCUCUAUAACUAGAGUUCAACAUUAUCAUUAUUAUACAGGCAAGAAAUUAACUGUUAUCUUCAAAUAUUGUGAUUUCUAGUUGCUAGAGACAUUGAAAUGCCUUCCUAUAGCAACAAAGAACCAACUUGAAGAUAGCAAGGUAAUAAAGGUGGUGAGAAAAUGGGCGUCGUCAUUCUGUCCGACUGUUGAAGCGGGGUCCAGCAGUGGACAGGAGUCACAUGGAAACAGUCCGGCAGAUUCAGAAUGUACGGCAGGAACAGAAGAUAAUGAUGACGAAAACCAGCAGUUAGCAAAAUCCAUUGAUGGAGAUAAGAAAGCUAUUGGUAGCCUUGUGCUAUUUGAACGGCAAAGCUCUAUCAAGGACCAAUCAGAUGAUGAAUCUUUGGAUGCAGAAGUGGCCAGUUUUAUUGUCGACAAGACUGUAGAUAGCAGGACUAUAAAGAACAAACUGCUGCCAGAGAACUUUGAGAAAUCCCCUGAUGACCUUUCAGAGGACGACCUCAGAUCUGAGGACGAGCGAUUGCCUGAAAGUGGCAUCGGACUAAAGGCGAAUGAGCUGUUGAAGUCAUGGAGUUCACUGAAGGUGAUGCCAUUUUGCCAACCAGAUACUUGUCAGAACAAGAUAUGUUUAUGUGUAAUAGUUUGUUGAGGGAGGGGAGGCGGGGUGAUUUUAAUUCCAUUUAAGUGGAGUCUUUGGCUUCAUUUCCUAAGUAACAACUUUCUUUGUCUCUCAUUUAACACAUCUAAAUUAACAACAACCAGAUACUCGAGGGAAAAAGGAUAUCUUAAAGCACGAUAGCCCAUUAAGGUUUCGUGUCUGUAGCCUAAAAGGGUAAGCGAGAGCAAAUUGGAACGUUCAUAGAAAUUUGUACAAGGAUACGAAGAGAGGGAAAAGGAAACCGAGAGAAUUUUCAAACACAAAGCUUAUUCAAGUACGGGUACCCAGUUGAUUUUCUACUCUGUUUUGCGUUUUACCAAAAAGGUUAUACGUUUUUAAAACACCGUGAGUUACAAGCUGGUGUGGUUGUUUGUAAAUCGUUCGAACUCGACUCAACAAACUAGAGCUUUACCUCAGACCCUUGAGCCAGAGUCUAACGCGUUAGAACUGGGGCAUUUUUUGCCUUGUUUUUGUUUGUAGGAAGUUUACCGAAUACCGAAGAAAACUGCAACUCCAGUAAGUAUUCUUAAAGUGACACUCGAAACAGUGGGCAUUUUUCCUCUCUGUGUUUUAUUUAUUUAUUUAUUUUGUAGUUUGUCUUCGCUUUACCUUUUUUUUUUUAAGCCGAUCGUUGAUGCAAAAGGAGAGGGUGAAACUCUCUUGCUGAAAAAAAGGGUGUAUUCUUAGUUAGCCAGAGUGUUGGUAUCAAAUUCCAUUUUGCUGCUUUUAACUUUUGCAAUUUGGUAGAUGGUCUUAAAUGUUGUUGUUGUUUGUUUGGCAUUCAAUUGCAUGAUCGUCUGAUUCUCUUUGUUCUCUUUGUUGAGGCCAAGCAAGACCGUGUUGCUGAGUUGUUAGUCGCAGCUAGCCCAGCAGGUAGGUAAACUCUGUUUUACAUGAUCUUGUUUAUUGCGUGAUUGAUCAGUUUUUUGACCAUGGAACCCUGAUAUAGUUACGCAUUUUCAUCAGAGAGUGGAUUUUGUGUAAACCAUGUGUGCGACAAAGUUUUUUUCAGAUUUCAUUUGUUGUUUCACGGGGGCGGGACAAAGAAAGAACUUAACUUCCCAUGAGGAUCAUCAUAAUUUGGAAAAACUGAUUGUUAAAAAGUGAUUAAUUUGAUGUUUUUUUAUAGGAAGUGGUGACGGUGAUCAUGCAAGGUGAGACAACAAAUUUAAUAAGAGAACAUAUAUCACUAAAAAGAACAGGUUUGAAGAAUUUCUACGUUGAGAAGAUGAAUUUUUAUAUCGUCUGGGAAAAUAAGGGUUACCAUUCCUAGAGCGCUUUUCGAUUGAGUGCCUCAAAACAAAACCAAAGUGAUUAUUAUGGAAAGAAGAAAGGAAAAUACCCUGAAGAGCCAAUGAAAACUCAGAGUAAAAACAAGCAAACCGCCCAAAGGGCAGGAAAAUGCGGGCGACCAAGUCGUGAUUGAUAGUAGUUUUGCAUCUGAUUGGUCGAGAGAGUGACGCGAGUUUUUCGGACCAAUCAUAGAGCAGAGUAGAGUAAAACCAGUACAAACCCAGAUUACUUUGGAGACUCAAUUAAAAGUUACUCUAUUAAUGGUCUUUGAAUCUCUGAUCUGAUCUAUGAUUGUAUUUCUGUAGGACUCCCAUUGAGAACAUCGGUUCUCCAGGAAAAUUAGAUGCCAUCAUGAAGAGUUUACAGGACUCUCCCAAACCCCUCUAUCCAUCUGAAUCCAGAACUCCGCCCGUUUCUCAGGGAUUCUCUACCUGUAGUGAAGACACUGAGAUGCCGCAAGACUCUUCGAGUGCUACCCCUCCGUCAAAAACUGGUGACUUCAGUGCUUUGGAAUUCGGAGAAGACGUGGAUACCCAAGCGGAUUCAACUCCUGAUAAAGGAGAAGGAACUCAUUCAAGUUCACGGGUGUCGGAUUCUGUUGAAGUUACUCAGAAACAAGAUUCGAAAUCACAGAACAUGAUGCAGACAUUCGGUUAUCAACAGCGCAUGAGCGUCAGUGUGGAGCAUGGGAUGGGCUCUUUCCAACAUAAACCCGGCCGCAGCAAAAAGAAAAAGAAAAAAUGGAAUCAGUUGCAGAACUUUUUUCAGCAACAGGGAAGAAAUCCUCAAGGAUUGGUAGAUAAAAACGCUGGGAACUUUAACGUGAAUCCUCAAACAAACUUAAGACCUCAGCAAGGUGCGGCAACGCAGUGGAGAGGUCAGUCGCAAAAUCCCCCUGCGACUUUCCAAAUGGGAAACCAAUUCUUCUGCAGCAGCGGACCAGCAGUUGGACAAGAUCAAGGACCACGGCCACAAAGUAUAGUUUCUGGAAGUUUUGUGGGAAAUUUCUCUCAACAACCUCCACCACUACCAAACUUUAAUGUACCUCCUCCUAAUAUGUCACCUAUGGAAUUUUUUCGCAAAGUUCCACCACCUAAUAUCCGUCCGCAGACUCAUCCAAUGAUUCCUCAGCAGCUACAGCCAAAUCCGCUUAUACCGCCACCACAGCAAGUACCUCCUCCACCCCUUCAGAGUAGUCAAUCGCAGUUCUUUUCACCCAGUCAACCUACCCCCUCUUACACUCGGCUUCCUCCUCCGCCACCUUUUCAAGCCAAUGUUACGACUCCACCAACAACACAGUUUUCACACUCCAACCCUAACCCUAUUCAACAGCAAUUUCCUCAAAGCAUCCAGGCUGCUUUUCCACCACAGCAGAAUCAGUUUCAAUUUAAUACACCCCCUCCAAACCUCAACAUCGCGGCCGCUGAACAGGGGAAUUCAGCUGGAAAUAUACCAGGGCCUCUGCAGCAGGUGACUGGUCCAACAGAAAGUGUACCACACCCCGAGUUGGGGUCGCUCUCUGUUCAAACUGGAGCUGUGACGACGUCGAUGUCAGAUGCCUUUGAAUGCAGAGAGGGCUUUCCUUCAGAUUCAGAACCGUGCACGCCAUCACCUGUGAAACACAAACCACCGGGGCAUCUCCCUCCACAUUGGAAAUCAGCCACCGAUAGCCAAGGAAAAGUUUACUACUAUCAUGCCCUAACAAGGUGAGGAAUCUUACUUGUUUGUUAGAAAUGUGGCUUUAUUAUUGCUCAAUGCCCACUGUGAAUUUGGGUUUUUUGUCAUACGAUAAAUGUGACGAGUUAGUUACUUCUAGGUCUUGGAAGUGUUAAUCAUCUAUUGGAAACUGAUUGUGUUGUUUUCUUCAGCAAGUAACAUCGCUAGAGCCGUUUGAUUUUCAUGAGAGAGUUAAAAGUGUGUCCCGGGCCCUUGGUCAGUGGCCGUGCUCCAGAUGUCUUCUUCCAUGUCUUGUUUUCUUGUAUUUUCUUUUUCGACCAUAAUUUUAUUCCUGGCGACUAUCGCCCAACAGCGUCUACGAAAAAAAAUUGAACUUGUCCAUUAGAGAAUUUCCUACGAAAUUCCAAUUUAUGAAGCUUUUACCAACGCAAUGAGAGUGGGUUUAUGUUGUUUCCCCUUCCACCCCCCCCCCCAACUCAGUGAUCCUCAUAUUUAACUUUCUUUCUUUUCGUAGGAAAACCCAGUGGGAUGUUCCAAGCUGGGACAGCAGCCCUUCAUCAGAGGAAGAACACCCUUAUGUUGUCCCAGAACCUGAUCAUACAAGUAUUUCUGCUCACAGCUACGUUGAUAUGGACGAGGUAAGGCAAACCAGCAACUUGAUUGUGGCAACUACUUCCUUGUCCACUCAGAAUGAAAUCUGAAGUCAACUCUUCUUGUUAUUCCUCCAGGAUUCACCACCAAAACCAAAAAUAAAGAAAUUAGCAAAGGCUCCUACAACACCUCCGGAGACCCCCCCUGAAAGCCCGACGCUUACCUAUACCACAGCUCCAGCAGAUACCACUGCACACAGGAGGGGGGAUUACUUGCUGAGAGAUGGUACCUCAAGCAGCUCCUCGUCACACCAGAGCAAGAACAGAGAGCUUUUUAGAAUGAAGGUCAGUUGAGUCCGUCUCGGUGGUGACGUUACCUUCCCAGAGCCUGUGAGGCCAGUGUUACGCCAUGGCCUCUUUCUCAACAUGUCACGCAAUUUUUAUCGGUUUCAGAACCAUAUUAUUCCUGUUGUUUUGCUCACCCAGGUAAAUUCUAACAUUGUUUCGGAUGUACUGUAUAUCUGUUUACUAACUGGUGUAUUUUCGUUUUCAAUAUUUCUCUCCGCAGCUUUCUAAUGUGGUCGUUAACUGCCUAAAUCCUUUCUUCAAAGUUGACUGUAAAUCAGGCAGGAUCCUGAAUACUGACGAUUUCAAGUAUUUGGCAAGGAAGGUGUGUGUUUCUCUCGCUGAACCUUUUAAUUCUUAAUUUAUUUUGUAGAAAUCAAGUCAGCGUUACUUCAGUCGGUAGUAUUUACAAAGUGAAUUAGAUCCAAUUUUGCAAGUCUGUGGAUGAAACUCUGGUCUACAGCGUCCAAAUGAAAAAUACUGAAAAUUGUCGCUGGCAUGGUAAUGUUUUAAUUUGCUCAACAAGGUGGUUCUAUCAGUCGCCGCGAACAGAGUAUUAAAGGGGGGGGGGGCUACAGAAAAGGGGGGAAUCGCUCGAAUACUACAGAGCCUAAGGGGGGGUCAGAUAAAUUUUAUUUCAAGUGUCUUCUUUCUGAAAUUAACUAUGCUGAGGAACGUUCUUUUCUUCCGCAGUUAACGCACGGAAUCCUGAAUAAGGAGAUGAGCCGCUUAAAAGAAGAUGACUCAUUGCAGUGCAAUGACUCUGUCAAAAUCAAAACAAAAGAGUACAUUAAGAACUAUAUGAAAAAGUUUGGAGCUGAAUAUAAGAGAUCCUAGUUAGUAAAAGACCUUAGUUUUACUUUGUACAUAUUAUUCUUAGCCGAGGAAACAGUCUUAAAAAAUGUUUCUAAUAUUAGUUAGGGUGUUAGUUUUAGCAAGCUUUGUAAGAGCGCUUUUCAAUUGAAUGUCGCCAAUGCAAGAUCAAAGAAUUGGCCUUGUAAUCUCAACGAACGAUGAGAACAAAUUGAAAUUUCUGAAAGGAGCCAGUGGGAUCUCAAAGUAAAACAACCAAUCAGAGGAAAGCGCGGGAAAACGUACGUUGCCAAGUCGCGAGUGGUGUUUAGCCUUGGAUCUGAUUGGUGGAGAGGAUGGUGCGAGUUUUCUUGACCAAUCGCAAAGGGUAUUUAAGCAAAGGAAAGGUAGUCUAGGUUUUAUACGUUGGACACUCAAUUGGAUUUUGCUCUUAACUUUUAGUUUGAUAUAGAUUAGUUCAAGAUAGUCUUAGCUUGUAUUUAGGCGUUAUUAACAUUUCAAAUUUCGGAGAAAAAUUGUAAAUACAAAGUUUUGUCGUUUCUGUUAUUUCAUUUACCAGGAUGUGAAAUAAUUUAUCUCCUUAAAUGCAUCCAUGUAAAAUACCUCAUUCGUUUGUUCGGACAGUUUUCUGCCGGUUGCUAUCUCUGUGCUCUUGUAAAUGUAUUGCGUUUGUUUUUGAUGUCGGUGCUGUGCGUUUUUCCUUGAAAUGUAGCGCUAACUUUGGGGAUAAGUAGAGAUAGGAGCGAAUCCGUCUCCUUUACUAGUUUGUAAAUUAUUUGGCACGACUCUAUCUUUACCUUUUAAAGUUCUGCUGUCGCUGUGUUUGUCUGUCACUUUGCUGUUUGACCAUUCAAAUGAAAGCUACGGAGAAGCCCUUUCAUGUGGGACUGUUUAUUCUGCUGUCAAAGAGUUGUAGUACAGUCGUUGUAAACCUUGUUUUAUUCUCCAACGUGUUUCUUCUAGUUGUCGUAGACUUCUCCAGGGAUUUUUAUUUGUAAACACUACACGCCGGUAUUUAUAAGCCAUGGUUAGCGGCCAUGCGUGGGUCAAACACUGUAAAGGCCUAGCCGGAUUUACGAACAGGAACUGGAGAAGUUGUAGAAAAGUUUU